GAAUUAAUUGCCUUGAUGUUAAUGAUGCGCUCCUGAGCAAAGGACUUGGCCUGCCCUAUUCUUCUUUUAGUCUAAUCUAGUUAAGCAUGACUCGUGACUAAGUGCCUCUGGCUAACAUCUGACCCAGCACCAAAGAAAUCAUUGUUUCUUGCACCUGUUCACCAAGCAAUAAUAGAAUGGGCAAAGUAAUGUCUUUAUUGGGCAGAAGAGCCAUCAAGCCUUUCAAAGAAUUCAACUUUGAGUCAAGAGUUAACAGGGAAAUUACAAAAGAGAAGCGCCAGGCAGCACCUUGGCAUCAGUCAACUGUAAAACUCAUAGAAAAAUCUAUUGAAGACCAGCCUGAAGAUGUUUUGAGAAGUUUGAAGGAAAGAGAUGAUCUCUUACUUGACAGACUCAAACAGGUUUAUGUUACAUCAGAUGAUUCAGAGCCACAACAAAAAAUUGCUGAGAAUCCAGAUAGACCACUGCCAACAAAUCGCACCUUUGUCUCCGACAUGGUUUUUGGAUACACUGAACCAAAGUGUGUACCUUAUGGGAAGAUAACCUUGAAAGAUGUUUUACAAGCCAUAUCAAAGCACCAGGAAGAUCCAGAGUUUUGGACACCAAAGAAAAUUUCGUCUGAAUUUAAAUUAGAUCCAGGUUUGACAGAAAAAGUUCUUCAUCACUUCCGCACAUUUGUACUAAUAAUCCCAAAGGAUUAUAAACGAACUCAAAUUACUCAAGAGACUCUGAAGAACACAGCACUUACUGCUCCGAUCACCCUAAAACAACCUGUCAGUAGUGACAAUGAAGAUGAAAGUAUUACAAGUAAAGAAAAAAGUUAAUUAUUGCUUUCAUUUUUGUAUUGUAGAUAUAUACUGUACUAUAUUAUAUAGAAUGUGUUAAAGAAGUGACAUACAACUGACUGUUAAGAACUGUAGUAAGAAAAACAGGCAAGAAGUAUUGAAAAUUUAGACAGCUAAACGUGCAGGAAGUGAAAAAAAAAACUGUUGUACUUUCUUUUUUCACUAUUUUCACCACCUGAGGCAGUUUGAGUGGAAGAUGAAGAAACUGUAACUAACAAUCUAGUUUACUCCUCCAUCUCCACCAUCAUACUUAUCCUCACCAAGUUCCUCUGAUUUUGGAAAUACAGUGGACCCCCAGUUAACGAUAUUUUUUCAUUCCAGAAGUAUGUUCAGGUGCCAGUACUGACCGAAUUUGUUCCCAUAAGGAAUAUUGUGAAGUAGAUUAGUCCAUUUCAGACCCCCAAACAUACACAUACAAACGCACUUACAUAAAUGCACUUAUAUAAUUGGUCGCAUUGGGAGGUGAUCGUUAAGCGGGGGUCCACUGUACUCUGUGAAAUUUUUUCUUUUGAUGGUCCAGUUUAAUGAAUUAAGAGUGAAAGAAAAAAAUUAUGCAUUUCUGUAGUGAACACUUGUCUUUUUAUUCAAAAUAUGUACAGAAAUGUAAUAUAACCACAGUGAAAAGUGCUGUGAAUGUCAUUUUUCACUGUCGUUACAUUACAUAUUAAGAUACAGUUGACCAUCGCUAAUCUGGCUCCAUCAGGACCUGUAGGUUGCUGGAUUAGUGAUUUUGCCAGAUUACAGAGUGGUUAGAUUAGAAUACACUACCCAACGGCGAUAUUUACAUCGGCGAUUUCACCCACUUUACGCCCCAUUUUUGGCGCAUUCCAUAAUUCAAGUCUACCAAACUCAUAGCUAUUUUGCUAGUAUUCCUUCUAUUCUGUCGACUGAGUACAAGAAACUGCCCAUUUACCUAUUUCAACUACCCAAUAAAGUGGUCAGAAAUUUGUAAUUUGGCCAAUUUCACACAAAUUUCAAGAGAUGCCAGUUUCAAAAUAGGGUCCAGAAUAAACAAUGCAGACAUUCCUGGCACUAAAACAACAUUUUCUCUGUUCAUUAGUAACAUCUCCAGGCCCCUCUUAUAUUACACUUGCUUUCCGGUUUGAAUUUUUAUUCACACACAAAAAAAAUAGAAGAUUUACAGUUAUGUAGACUACUGCAUUAUUGUAAUAAUUGUAUAAAUAAUGUCAAGCCAUUUGUGACUGCAUAUCAGACCAGCCAAUUGGACAUGUAUUGGACGGUGACAUCAUUUGUUUGCUCUUGAACAUCAGUGAAAAUUGAACAAUUUCGCUAGUUUGAGCUUGAUUUCAAGGUACUUUCUGUCGUGAAAAAAUCAAAAUCAUAUCUCUUUCUGUAAUAUAUCUUCCAUUCUAUCAAAUGAGACCAAGAAAAUGAGAAUACAACCAUAAAACCAUACGAAAAUUCACUGCAAAGUUAGUUUUACACCAUAAACACGGUCGCAGUUUUUUCUCAUUAUGCACUGUGUGCUGCAGGAUUUUUUUUAUAUAGUGCACACUUACCACACAGACCUAUUCUCUCAUAUGUAGGCCCAGAUUUACUGGUCACAGCUUAUCUGAAUGAGCUGAGCUCAUGGCAACUGACUGGCUUCAAAGUCACCUUAUCUUUUAUGGACAGUGUGCAGUGCCUUUGACACAAUGAGAAGCAUUUCUUUUAUUCAUUGGAACCAUGGCUAGGGCUUAAUGUGAGCAGGUUAUAACAGUAAAUGGAAAAAAAGAAAUUGGAAUGACUUAUGCAGUAAGUAGUGCCACUAAACAGUAGCGGCAGGUUGGUGUGGCAACCCCGGAAAUUUGAAAUUAUGCUAGCCGAAAUUAGUAUCAGAUUACUGACUGCCGGAUUAGUGAUGGCCGACCUGUAUCGCCUAUUUCCUGUGAUCUUAUUACAUAUAAAUAAAUAUUUUGUUGUUAAUUUAUAUUUAACCCGUUGACUGUUUUGGUCGUAUAUAUACGUCUUAUGAGCCAGUGUUUUUGAUAUACUUAUACACCAAAAUUCUAGCAGCUUCAAAUCAAGCGGGAGAAAGCUGGUAGGCCCACAUGUGAGAGAAUGGGUCUGUGUCGUCAGUGUGCGCAGUAUAAAAAAAUCCUGCAGCACGCAGUGCAUAAUGAGAAAAAAAAAUCCAACCGAGUUAGGGGAUUAAAAUGCCGACUUUGAGGUGUAUUUUCAUAUAGUAUUUAUGGUUGUAUUCUCUAGAAUGGAAGGCAUAUUACAGAAAUGGAGAUGACUUUGAUUAGUUUCACGAUGAAAAGGACCUUGAAAUUGAGCUCAAAUUAGCGGAAACAUUCUAUUUUUGCUGAUGUUCAAGAAUAAAUAAAUCAUGCCAUGCAUCCAAUACACAUCAACUGGCGAGUCUGAUAUUCUUUCACGAGUGCACUGAUAUUAUUUAUACCAUUUUUACAAUAAUGCAGUAGUCUGCAUAACAGUAAAUCUUCUAUUUUUUGUGUAAAUAUUAACUUAAAAUAGAAAGCAAGAGUAAUAUAAGAGGGGCCUGGAGACAUGACUAAUGAACAGAGAAAAUGUUAUUUUAGUGCUAGGACUGUCUGCAUUGUUUAUUCUAGACCCUAUUUUGAAAUUUGCAUCUUUUUUAAUUUGCAUGAAAUUGGCCAAAUUGCCAAUUUCUGACCACUUUAUUCGGUAGUUGAAAUCAGUAAAUGGACGGUUUCUUGUGCUCAAUCCAUAGAACAAAUGGAGUUCCAAAGAAAUAGCUAUGAGCUUGGUCAACUGGAACAAUGGAAUUGGCCGAAAAUAGGGCUCAAAGUGGGCGAAAUCGCCAAUGUGUAUAUAUCGCCAAGAUCGCUAACGUCGUGAGAGUGUAAUUCCGUAAGUUUUCCAUCAAAUUUUUUACUUUUGCUAUUAUUACCAUUGGGAAAAGAUUCUCUGUCAUUUCAUAAGAAAUAUUUUUUUUUUUUUUUUCGAAUAUUUUGCGACAGAUACACUUCAGGAUUUGGGGUCGUGACAGUCAAAGGGUUAAAUAUUGUAAUAAUUUGUCAUUACAGUGGACCCCCGCAUAACGAUGGCAUCACAUAGCGAUUUUUCCGCAUACCGAUUACUUUUAUCGCAAAAUUUUUGCCGCGCAUACCGAUUAAAAACCCGCUUACCGAUUUUCGUCCGAGACGCGUCCAAUGUGCCCUCAGCCAGCCUCACAUGUGCCGGCCGUCCCAUUGUUUACCAGCCAGCCUCCGCGGUAACAUCCAAGCAUACACUCGGAAUAUUUCGUAUUAUUACAGUGUUUUCGGUGCUGUUUCUGGAAAAUAAGUGACCAUGGGCCCCAAGAAAGCUUCUAGUGCCAACCCUGUGGUAAAAAGGGUGAGAAUUAGUAUGGAAAUUAAGAAAGAUUUUGAAGGGUUUGGGGCUAACCCUGAGAAGCCUAUGCCAGUUGUGGAAUCCAUUGUGCCUACUUCAAAGAUUAAGGAAAUGUGUGCACAGUGGGUUGAACUGCAAACCUUUAUAGAUGAAAAUCACCCUGACACAGCUGUUGCAAGCCGUGCUGGUGACUAUUUCAAUGACAA